GGACGGCCGAGAUUUAAUGUACCAGAAUAUGCCGGUCUUUUGAAUUUUAGGGCUAGGGCUUCAUGGAAGCUGGAGAGGACGAUGAGAGCGCUUCCCGGCCCUUCACGGCGCGGAUCCGUGACUCCGCGCCGGCGCCCACUUGCCAGCUUCUUCUCUCCAUGGUCGACGAGGCGCUCGCGAUGAUGAAGUGCCUCACCUAUGUCUCCGAGAAGACACUGGAGAAGCUGGAGUUGUCCAAAGGAAGCCUGGAUUCGGAAGCUUAUGCGGCACUCAAUGAGGUGAGGCUUUGCUCGGUAGCUUACGAGGCUGCGAGCGGGCCUGAUAUUCCCAUCAAGGAGAAAGAGCUCUCCAUCGCGACGUGGCGAGCUUGCUGGCUCUUCAGUACUCGCGGGGCGGCACUAAAUUACUUCUUUUCUACGAGGGAGGAACAAUCGAAGAGCCUGUCAAUGUUUUUUAGUAUACUGGAAAAGUUCAGGAGUCUGGUUGUGAAACGAUUGACGACAACACUCGAGGAAGAAAGCGCGAUAAAUGCCUACUUGGAUGAAGUUUUCCGGCGCGAGGAGAGGGCCAUCAAAGAUCACACAAGUCUAUCUCAGCAGUUGCAGACUGAACGAGAUCUACGCUCGAAAGCUUUCGAGGACUUCAAGUUUUCCGAGCGUCACUUGCAAGGCACACAGCCUCUACCGCGACUGACGCAUUGGUGUCAUUACGUAACACACCUGGGACUGCAGGAGAGAUACAAGCGGAAAAGAACGAGGCUUUGGCAACGCUGAGACAGCUUCAACAGGACUUCGACGCCCUUGAAGACGAUGAAUCAAAGAGUUUCAACCAAAAGCAAAAGAAGUUCUCCGAAGAAUGCACUCAGUUAGCCAGCACCAUAGACAAAAUGCAGGAGGACAAUCGUGCCUUGGAGCUCGCUGCGCGCGGCAAGAAAGAACAGAGCGUGGAGGAGGUGACUAACUUGCUGCGAGACUACAAAGCUGAGCUCGCAAAGAAGAAGGAUGAGCUUGACAGAUUAUCCGUGCAACACAAAGAAGUGGACCAGAAAAUGCGAUUCUACAAAGAAUACUAUCGCCAGUGUGCAUGGGAGGUCUGCUUCUAUAACCGGAUUGUUUUCUUCCUUUCUUGUAACGCGAGCUUCGAUGAUUGCAGGAGAAUGAACGUCAAAGCUUGGAGGAUGCCAAUGCGAGAGCAAACUUCAAGUUCAACAGAUGCGCGAGGAUCAUACAGCGAAGAUAUCGCUACUUCAUCAAGAAGAAAAAGGCCGAAGAAGCCGCUCGCAAGAAG